GAUACAGUUCAUAACGUAAGAGAAUCAAACUUUUUCCCACCUCAUGAUAAAUUCAUGGGUAUUGUUUUGGGCUCAAUAUAAGUAUCUGUUUGAGUCUUGAAUCAAACUUCAUGUAUACUGUCUCUCUUUCUCUCUCAAAGUAUAAAAACUCAAUACUCCAAUAGAGACUACUAUUCCAUAUCAAUAACCUGUCCUCCCUAUUUCAAAUUCCCAUUGAUCCUUGCAACACCAAUUUUCUUCCAAUCUCAUUCUUUCCCAUGGCAAUGAAGAACAAGGAGCAACAAGGAGCCAGGGUAGCUUCAUAUCUGAAAUUUUUCAAUGCUCAAGUAUAUCUACUCAAUUUCUUUGCACAUGUUUUGGUGUUUGGUUGUGGAUUACUCAUUGGUGUCACCCUCACUUUUUGCCUCAAAGAUUUCUCCUUUAACUUCCAAAUCCAACAAUUCUCUUUCAAACCACCAAACCCUCCUCUGUCUCACUCUCCUCCAACAAAAAUCUCAUCCAUCAUCUCAAUCUCAAAUGGAUUUAACCAAACAAAACCUUCUCCUUCUUCUUCUUCUUCUUCUCCGCCGACCGCGAUCGCGGAUCAGACAAGGACAGUCACCAACCUCACCAGACAAGGGUUAAUUGAUUUCUUGAAGCCUCCCCUGGCUAUGCAUGCCAUGAAUGAGGAGGAAUUGCUAUGGAGAGCCUCUAUGGAUCCUUUGAUUCAUAAACCCCCAUUCAAGCAGACUCCAAAGGUUGCAUUUUUGUUCCUGACAAAGGGUCCUGUGCUGCUGGCUCCUCUGUGGGAGAGAUUCUUCAAAGGAAAUGAAGGGUUGUAUUCAAUCUAUGUUCAUCCUAAUCCUUCUUUCAAUGGAACAGUUCCUGAAAGCUCUGUUUUCCAUGGCCGCAGAAUCCCCAGCCAGGAGGUAGGAUGGGGUGAAAACAGCAUGAUACAAGCAGAGAGGCGCCUCUUAGCCAACGCACUGCUCGACUUCUCCAAUGAACGCUUUGUCCUCCUAUCAGAAUCCUGCAUCCCUCUCUUCAACUUCUCCACCAUCUACACCUACCUCAUGAAUUCCACCAAAACCUUCGUCGAGGCCUAUGAUCUCCCGGGCAACGUGGGGCGCGGAAGAUACAACCCCAAAAUGAAGCCCCUCAUCAAACUCUCCCAGUGGCGAAAAGGCUCCCAGUGGUUCCAAAUCGACCGCGCCCUCGCGCUCCAAGUAGUCUCCGACCGCCGUUAUUUCCCCGUGUUCGAGAAGUACUGCAAUCCUCAAUGUUACAGUGAUGAGCAUUACUUGCCUACAUUGGUCAACAUUAAGUUUUGGAAGAGGAAUUCUAAUAGGACUCUGACUUGGGUUGAUUGGACAAAGGGGGGACCUCAUCCUUCCAAGUAUAUUAGGACUGAUGUUACUGUUGAGUUUUUGGAGAGGUUGAGGCAUGGAAAUGGAACCACUUGCGAGUACAAUGGAAUGGUCACCAAUAUUUGUCACCUUUUUGCCAGGAAGUUCACUACUCAUGCUUUGGAAAGAUUGCUCAGAUUUGCUCCUAAGCUAAUGCAGUUCAAUUGAGUUGUAUUUUGCACAUUCUAUGAUCUUUUUCAUUGAUUGUAUUUAAUUGAUUUUAGGGGCACUGAGAAUGUGGCUCUGUCCCCUUUCAUUUUCCCAUCGGUUAGAAAUUUUUUAAAGCAUGAAUAUGUAGUUGGCUCUGCAAAAACUCUUAUAUCUGAUCGACUUGAGAAAAUAUGAGAUGAAUACAGGGUUUGUCUACACAUGAAGUGAUGCUAAUUUUCUAUCA